CGUGAUCUGAGAAUAGCAAGAGCCAAGUGGCCAAAAACAAACCUCAGCUGAGGCCAUCUUCUCCAUCUCCAAUUGUGCUACUGUAGGAGCUGCUGCAUUCGGGGAGAGACACGCGACCAGUUUGCCGGCACCAACACGGCCUGCUGCUCCGCAUUUUGAUGACUAUUUCUGUCUGAAAACUGUCUCUGUCAGUUGUUCAUUCAGGCUGCUGCAGCAAGCAACUGGAUGAUGGCUUCCAGGCAGUCAGGGAACAAUGCACAAGAAGCAGCAUCACCAUUGGCGAGUCCUCCUCACUCCAACAUAGCCAGCAUCAUCCCUUCGCUGCCCCUCGAGACCAGGUGCCCACCGUUCCCUCUCCGCCGGUACGCCAACUUUUGGGUGCCUGAGGUAAUAUUGAAGGCAGACCUCCCCGGCAUUCAUUCCUGCUUCAAGCCGAGACCCACCGACGUGUUCGUCGCAAGCUUCCCCAAGUCUGGCACCACUUGGCUCAAGGCCCUUGCCUUCGCGACGCUGAAGCGUUCCACGCAUCCGCCAUUGGAUGGCGACCAUCCGCUGCGUCGUUGCAACCCUCAUGACUGUGUCAGGUUCCUCGAUGCUAAUUUCAACCAGCAGAAGGAUGAGUUGGAGGCUCUCCCGUCCCCGCGCGUGCUAGCCACGCACCUCCCCUACUCCCUGCUGCCCGGCAGCAUCACCGGGGAUAGGGAGCGCUCGGGGUGCCGGAUCGUGUAUGUCUGCCGGGAACCCAAGGACGCGCUGGUCUCUGCCUGGCUGUUCACGAGGAAGGCGGCGUCGGCGCUGGGGGCUGACGCUCGAUCGUUCACGAUCCAGGAAGCCUUGGAGCUUUUCUGUGAUGGUCGCUGUAUGUGCGGCCCGCAGUGGGAGCACGUCCUCCAGUACUGGGAGGAGAGCGUGAGGAGGCCUGACAGGGUGUUGUUCCUUCGGUACGAGGAGAUGCUGAUUGAUCCCGAGGCACACGUCAGGAAGCUCGCCAAGUUCAUGGGGUGUGGAUUUUCUGAGGAGGAGGAGGAGCACGGGGUGGUGAGCGCCAUCGUGGAGCUGUGUAGCCUGGGCAAGAUGAGGGACAUGGAGGUGAACAGAAAUGGAAGCAAUAUGUUGGGGGUCAAGAACGAAAGCUACUUCAGGAAGGGAGUUGCUGGGGACUGGAGCAACCAUAUGACGCCGGACAUGGCGCAGAGGCUAGACAAGGUCGUAGAGGAUGCAUUGCAAGGGACUGGAUUCAGCUUUACGAGCAAAGCAUGAUGAGCCACUGCGCUCAUGGUAGUUGCGAACUCCAUAAUGCCAAGAACAACUCGUUUUGUCGGUAUUGCUUGCUGGAUGGAGAUCAUACCAGCCAGCCAUGGUGAGCAUCCUUCUUUUGUGAUGAAGGGGAAAUUGAUUUGCGUAUAAUUCAUCUGUAUAACUUUGUUACAAACCAUAGUUUGUGGCACCUUGGCGCGCCAAAACCAUAUGCAUUACUGUGUAAGAUUCGUCAUAAAGCUAUGUGUAUCAUCAUUGACAUAUUUGUCUUAAUAAAAUUCAUCAUAAACCAUCGUUCAAUGU